GCAGUUUUUUGGCCCUGUGACACGUAGCAACGGGGCUACUACAGGGUCUGGAACUGAGUUGGGGGUUAUUUGGGGCCGCUGGAGGUACAUCUGCUUCCGCCGCUGCCGCCCCCGCAAUUGAUCAUUUGCAAUGUCAGGCUUUGAGAACUUAAACACGGAUUUCUACCAGACAAGUUACAGCAUCGAUGACCAAUCUCAGCCGUCCUAUGAUUAUGGAGGAAGUGGAGGACCCUAUAGCAAACAGUAUGCUGGCUAUGACUAUGUGCAGCAAGGCCAAUUUGUCCCUGCAGACAUGAUGCAGCCACAACAGCCAUACACUGGUCAGAUUUUCCAGCCAACUCAGGCAUAUACUCCAGCUACACCUCAGCCAUUCUACGGAAACAACUUUGAGGAUGAACCACCUUUAUUAGAAGAAUUAGGUAUCAAUUUUGACCACAUCUGGCAAAAAACACUAACAGUGCUACAUCCAUUAAAAGUAGCAGAUGGCAGCAUUAUGAAUGAAACUGAUUUGGCAGGACCAAUGGUUUUUUGCCUUGCCUUUGGAGCCACAUUGUUACUGGCUGGCAAAAUCCAGUUUGGCUACGUAUAUGGGAUCAGUGCAAUUGGAUGUCUAGGGAUGUUUUGUUUAUUGAACUUAAUGAGUAUGACAGGUGUUUCAUUUGGUUGUGUGGCAAGUGUCCUGGGAUAUUGUCUUCUUCCCAUGAUCCUACUUUCCAGCUUUGCAGUGAUAUUUUCUUUGCAAGGAAUGGUAGGAAUCAUUCUCACUGCUGGAAUUAUUGGAUGGUGUAGUUUUUCUGCUUCCAAGAUUUUUAUUUCUGCAUUAGCCAUGGAAGGACAGCAACUUUUAGUAGCAUAUCCAUGUGCUUUAUUAUAUGGAGUCUUUGCCCUAAUUUCCGUCUUUUGAACUGAACUUACUGGGAUGUGGACGUCAGUGGGCCAAAUACACAAAAAGAACCUUGAACUCUUAAAUUGGACCAGCACACUGCUGCAACACAAUUCUCGUGCAGAUUUACAAUAGACUAUUGGAGCAGUGGAAGUAAACAUGUAUGUUUUGUUCAUUUUUAUAGAACUUUUGAAUACUGUAUUGGAUUUACCUGCAGUGUGACUAGCUUUAAGUGUUUGUGGUUAUAUAAAUAAGAAGUACUAUUUCUUUCCUGAUCAGCAUUCUUUGAAAAACAACUUUUCUUCCUUACAAAUUAUAUUACGAUGUUUUUGAUAGAUUUUUAUCAACUGUGGGAAACUAACCACAAAGCUGAUAAUCUUUCUUAAAAACAACCCAGUUAUAUAUAGUAAACAAGAUACAAAACUUAUUGCAGAAAUAUUUUUCCAAGGAAUUAGGAAAGAAAAAUUACCUGUAUUCUCAAAUUAAGUACAGUGAAACAACAAAAACAGGAUCCAAGCGGAGUGUUGUGAGUUUGCACUUCAGAAGAAUUGACAGUCCUGUAAAUUAUCUCAUGAAAAUUUUUUGCUAAAAUUCAAAGAUAUGGGAAGUUCACAAUAGACAUGAAACGUGAACAGCUGUGUAGAUGUUAAUAUUAUCUAAACCUGAACUGACCACAUUAUUGCUUAGUUGGGUCUCCACAUUUCCCAGGAGAAAGAAAAUCACUAACUUUUUUUUGAGAAAAAUAUUUAAAAUUUCACAAUUUGAGUAUUGCAUUUAUCAAUGUAAAGUACAUUUGAUGCUUAAUAAUUAAAGUUUUCCCAAUUAAUUUUAA